AUGGUGCAACAACUUAGUUUAUUUAGUUCAAUAGAUGACAAAUCCUACGAUUUAUUCAUAGCGACAUUGACAACAUUAUCGGGUAAUCCACCAAUUCUUUAUUCUAAAUUAUCAACAGUAUGGAUCCCCAACCCAUCAUAUCAAAUAGAAGGUGUAAACUCUAAGAAUCAACUGGUAGAAAAGAAUAGAAUUAAAGUUUCGAAAGAAUUGCCCUUAGAAAUGUUAAAAGAAUUUUCUACUGCUUCAGGAAAUGCCAUGAAGUAUAACCACGAAAUACUAAAGAAAUUACGAGAUGAUAGCCUACCAAUAGAAUAUGUGGAACUACAAAAUAUGAUCAACGAAAAUAAAACAAAAAGAUCAGUUGAUGCGAUGGAAGUUGAUGACGAAGAAACAACAAAACCUGAUACAAAGAAUAAAUAUGCUUGGAAUAUUAGUAUAUCUGAUAUCCCUGCUGCAGGAAAUAACAGAAAGGUAUCGAUGCAAACUAUUAAUGAAUCUAUCUUACUUUCCCACGUAGGAGCAAAUUCAAGUUUACAAAAGAUGUUGAACGAACUCGGUUACGUUUUUCAAUACCAAUAUGUAACCGUUGGAGCCAGGUUUAAUCUGAAACAUAACCUUAUUGUGGAAUCACAAAAAAUAUGGAAUAUAGGAAGUUCGUCUAAACAACAAAUAACUAAAAAUGGUUUCUUAAUUAAGGCAUUUAUUAAUGUUGAUAAGGCAACCGAUAUCGAUAGAAUGAACUUAACUGAGACCGUACUAUUAAAUCUACAGAAAGAAUUACAAGGCUAUGUUGAAUUAACAGUACCGGACAGGAAGUCGAUGGACUCUAGGAUGGAUGUGGAUUGA